GUUUUUCGCAUGACAAACUGCGUUUUUGCAUGACAGGCAAAGGCGUCUCUUUUUGGACACGCAUCACAAACUUUGUGGUCAUUCCAGACCUAGACAUACUAGACUAUUACGCCGGCGUCCAGGACGCCGGCGAUAGGUCGUCUAGUAAAUCUAAAUCUAAACAGGAGAAAACUUGGCGACCGAGCGUGGGGGUGGAGGCUAGUCGAAGGAGUCCAGCUAUUGGGAUUCUGCUUGCGGAAACGCGUUCACUAUUCGAACCCAUUCGGGGGGUUUUAGCAUGACAGAACGGGCCCGCGCUUGCUAGUGGCGCCCUUCUCUAGUAGCUGCGGCCCGCAUUAAUGGAGGACGCGCUCGCUUUCGCUCUAGGUAGGGCUUCUAGGUAGCAAGCUCUUGCACCGCCCGGGGCGAGUGCGCUCUUGCACCUGCUCUGCAAGUUGCAGCCUUUAGUGCAAGUUGCCGCCUGCGUCGCGACUUGCACCUGCCCGCAUGCAAAAAAGCGCCCGGCUGUUAGCAGUGCUACAAUCAAAGUAACGUCGAAGCCGCACUUGUAACAUACCC